AUGGCGCUAGUAAGAAGGCCCAAACGGACGCCAGUGCUGCUCCGGAUGACGCAGCAAAUCGGCUGCUAUAGAGCAACCAAUUCUCGGUGCUCGGAGCUGAAAAAGGAGCAGAUUCCCCCGCUGUUUACCCCGAUGAAGGACGUCGCCAAACUUAGGGAUGAGCUGGUAAAACUCAAAUUGUUCCCGCGAUUCAAGAUCUGUAGCGUAGGAACUAAGAUCAUGUGCUCCAGCCUACAGCAGUAUAAGUCGGUCGGUGAUCUACUGAAGAACAGUACGGUGGUGUUUUACACGCACGAUUUGCCUUCGGUGAAACCAUUGAGGACUGCCGUCCGCAGAUCCAUCGAAAAGCAUGGCUAUCCGGCAGAACUGCACUCGGUGAUCACUGAAGACGGCUACACCCUAACCUUGUCUCGCAUUCCAUCUCCUCGGAAAACGCCCAUCCUGCUGCUGCAUCAGGUGUAUGGCUGUUCCAUAGAAUUCACCAUGUUGGGACCUGGGAAAGCCCUCGCACUCUUAGCGCACGACGAUGGCUACGACGUGUGGAUGGGCAAUGUCCGGGGUAACAUGUUCUCAAGAGGUCACUUAUCGUUGGAUCCGAACCGAAAUGCCUAUUGGGACUACAGCUAUCAUGAAAUUGGUGCUUACGAUCUCCCGGCAAUGGUGGAUUACAUACUGUUCCUCACCGGAAAGCAGAAGUUGCACUACGUCGGGCACUCGCAGGGUGCGGCUGUAUUCCUGGUGAUGGCAUCGAUGCAACCAAAGUAUAAUGCGAAAGUGAUCAGUGCCCAUCUUUCUGCACCACCAGCGUUCCUAUCCAAGGCGACAUCACCGGCAGGAAGGGUGAGCGGAGAGCUCCUGUCUUCACUGCAGUUGAUGGAGAGUUUGGGAAUUCGCAGCGUCGGUGAUAGGUUCAACAGUGAGCCGAUGAUGUACUUGAAGCAAGCCAUCGAUGUCAACGUUGUUAGCGAAGAGUGGAUCAUGGAAACGGUUUACUUUCUAACCGGCGAGGAUCGUGAUGGCUUCAACAUGUCGAUCAUGUCGGAUCUUACGGCGGCUUUUCCGGCCGGAGGAUCGAUUCGACAGUUUAUGCACUUUAUGCAGUGUUACCGGUCCGGAAGGUUUGCUCAGUUUGAUCACGGGAAGGCUGGGAACACUAAGCGGUACGGUCAUUCGACGCCGCCGGCUUACGCACUGGAUCUGGUGACGGCACCGGUGGCCAUUUACUACGGAAGCAAUGACCGGUUUGUGUCGGCGGAAGAUGUGAAACUGCUGGCGAAAAAGCUACCCAAUGUUGUGCUGCGGUAUUUGCACCCGAAUCCAAAGUGGAACCAUAUUGAUUUUCUGUACAGUGUUGAGGCGCCCCAGGUCUAUCGGCACAUUUUGAACUUGAUUCGCUCGUUUGAGCGUAGAUAA